AUGGGGCUCUUCAAGGAAAAGUACUACCCGCCGCCGAAAGAACUCGGGGAGCCCGUUGCACCCGAAUCCAUCACCACGUUCGGCACAUCGUCGCGCGCCAUGUCGACGCCGGGCCCUGCGGGCGUCCAGGGGACACAAGGGCCGCAGCGCUCGGCCAAAUCAGCGCCCGCCGACAUAGAGAUGGGACAGGUUGCUGUGGGGGACACUCUUGAUGAUGAUCAGCUGGCAUCUCUGCGCAACCUGCGAAGGCUGUGCAAGUUGAUGGACACCGGCAUCACAGUGCCCAUCGUAGGCUACAAGUUUGGCGCAGAUGCGAUCAUCGGCAUGAUCCCCUACGUAGGUGACGCGUGGGGUGCUAUGGUGGGCCUCUACAUCGUCAGCAGAGCCAUCCAGUACCAGCUCCCCAAGAGGCUGGUGGCUCACAUGGCCGUGAACCAGGCAGUGGACGCGUGCGUUGGGGUCGUGCCCUUCCUGGGAGACCUCUUCGACUUCGGUUACAAGGCCAACUUUCGCAACAUGCAGCUGAUCGAGGACCACCUCAAACAGCCCGCGAAGGCCAAGAGGGCCGACACCUGCUUUCUCUUUGGCAUAUUUUUCCUGCGGGGACCCGUGCAGCCGGCAGAGGUGGUGGACUCGGCAAGCACCAGGCAGCCGACGGACCCCGAGCAGGAGACGGAGGACUUCAUUUUGCUGCAAAGCGCCAUCAGCAAGACCUACCGACAGAAGCUGCUUGAAUUCCGCCGCACCGUGACGCCCGCCACGCUCGCCAGCAUGCGCGCCGGCCUGCCGCCCGAGCACUUGCCGCAGCUUGAAAUGAUUCUGCGGGAGGCGGCGGAGCUCGGCGAAGAUGAUGAGUUUGAGCCCUUUGGAUCUGCCGCCGGCCCUGACGCGGGCGCCUCGCCGCUGGAGCUGUCGGAUGAGGAGCAGCUCGCUAUGGACAUGCUGCGUGACGCCUCACUGCCGUCAGACUUUUUGAGGUAG